CUUCGCCAUCCUCGUUCAAGCUGCUCCUCUUCACAUGAGGGACUGGAUGAGUCCUGUCCCAGCUCUGCUCCCCACAGAGCCUCUUGGAACAACAGCCAAUGAGAGGGGAAAGAUCUAGCGGAGUAGAGCACCGCCUUGGGAGUGUGAAUGGGGUGGGGAGAAGGAGGAGCACGGACAGGUGGGGAAAUGAGAAUAAACCAGAAGGGCAUAAAGAUCUGUUGGAGGUUACUUAGAGUGUACUUUAAAAUGGUUGCAACUAGCAAUGUAAGCAGUAAAAGCACUGCAUGCAUUUCAGAAUUGCUACACCAAGGCUUUCACCACGCAAACAUAAGCGACUUUGACUACUGGGAUUACGUUGUGCCUGAACCCAACCUUAAUGAGGUGGUGUUUGAGGAAAGAACCUGUCAGAGUUUAGUUAAAAUGUUGGAGAACUGCCUAUCCAAAUCAAAGCAGACCAAACUUCACUGCUCAAAGGUUCUGAUACCAGAAAAACUAACCAAGAAAAUAGCUCAAGAUGUAUUGCGGCUUUCUUCAACUGAGCCUUGUGGUUUGAGAGGUUGCAUUAUCCAUGUCAAUUUAGAAAUUGGAAAUGUAUGUAAAAAGUUGGAUAAGAUUAUCUAUGACCCCAGUAUUGUUCCUACUUUUGAACUGAUGCUUGUAUUCAAGCAGGACUGUUGCUCAUGGCCCGGUUUCAGGGACUUUUUCUUUACCCGAGCUUGUUUCGCAUCUGGCAGCAAACGUACUCUGAUUCUGAGUCCUGGGUUUCGGCUUAUUAAAAAAAAACUUUACUCCUUGAUUGGGACAGUUAUUGAAGAAUGCUAGAAAUCUUGUUGCAUGUUUAAAACUGCACCUGAAUUUUUAAGAGGUACCUUGCUUUACAGUUUGAUUUCAUGCACAGCAA